AUGGAUUAUCUCCUUUCGGCCGCGCACAGUGAACGAGAUUCUGGCUCCAACGGCUCUAUCCAAGAUUAUCUGGACUUUGAUCUUAUACCGCGACCCCUGGCAUCUAUGCAGUCAUUUUUAAUGAAAGAUAUUCUGGACAAGCUCGUUGUGCUUAGUCUUUCUAACUGUGGACUAGAGAAAGUUCCUGCGUGUCUUCGCGCUCUUCCGUGCCUUCAAGAAUUGGAUCUGUCGCGAAACAGACUGACACACUGUGCCUCUCAGUUCAUCACUGCCAAUCUUCCCUUCUUGAAGGUGUUAGACCUCAGUGACAACUACCUGACGGAUGUCGGGGAGCUGCAACAUCUGGGAGUCCUCAAUGAUCUAGAAGUCCUCAAUAUAGAGGGCAACCCGCUACCCUUUGCAGCCAGUCGCUGCGAAGCAAUUCGUGCCUUACUCUUCCAAACAGCUCACACAGAAGCAUUUAGUUCUCGUGCCCGGCAACUGCAUGCCACCCACCGUACAAACAUCAAGUACAGCCCAUUUCUUUUGUUAGGCAGCUACAAGACUAUCGUCAGUGAUUAUCCAUCUGCGGUGGCUAAUGCUGUGAAGGCUUCGUUAGCCGUCAAACAAGGCUCCUAUGAUGCUCUAGACACUAGCGACUACUUAAAGAAGCAGCUGUCCAUUGAUGCUCAUAAGUUGACUAAUGGAUCCUUCUUUAGUCGGUCUUCGUGGACUAAUGAAGGCAUUGUUGUUUCAGGCCCGGGCUGCGUCCUGCUCAGUGAUGCGCGCCUGGAGGCCCCCUUGGUCUACAUUGGUAAGCGCGAUGAUAUCUUCAACACAUACAAUUCUUGCCUAGGUGCAACAGAGACCUAUGCUAAUCUUAUUUAUCGAAAAGCCAAAAACGCGAGCUCUGCAGCAAAUACAGGGAUCAACCAAGCUAAGCUUGUUAAGACUCAGCUAGAUAACUGCUCAGAUGAAGAUCACCUGCGAUUCUUCGGGUCGCUUAACUUCAGCUAUCUUGACUCAUAUACGGACCAGCGAAAUUCUCUUUCAAAUACCACAAAGAGGCCUGUCUCCACAAGUGAGUAUUUACGAAAAAGAGCCAGCAGCCAUUCGCUCAUUGUUUCAACCGCGAGUGCUGGGAUGAUAGACAAUUAUAAUAUUAAUCGUGCCAUAGAUAUGCCGGCAGACAUAGAAGCCAAUCUAACAAAGAAAGGACAAACGCAACAUUUUUUUAUCAAUCUGAAUCAGAGGCCUCUCCAUAACAUAGAUUCUCCGUUUCCAAGGCUCCGGAUUUUGAACAAUCUCAUUAUAACGGUGGAUGACUAUGACAGAGCCAAACAACUCAAUACCACGGUGCAGUACACGAACUACCUCCUUUCUCCUCGUGCUCAAUUCAGAUCGACUAGGCGUAGCUCUGCCACAAGACGGGGUCUCUCAGGAGAGAAAGGCAAAUCACUAGGAUUGCUGUCCUUUAACCGCUCUCACUGCAUCCCUCCAUCUGAAAUACUCCAACAGAGACAGUUUGCAGAUAGAGAACGGCAAAACACGCUGAUGUUGGAGCAACAGGUAUGCGAUCAUCUUAAACAAUUCAUUAUGACAGGCGAAAUUAACUCUAACGACGGGGAAGAGUCUAUAGAUCUUCUACAAGCCUCAAACGAAAGCAUCGGUGACACUCUAGACGAUGCAACAACGAAAAUGGCACAUACCAAUCCGCCCGCUAUGUUGACACAACGGACUGGGCCAACAAGUGCCUCGGCUAAUGGUUUGAUCAGUGGCUCGUUCGCCUCUGAUCGUGAUGCAGAUCUCCAGCAUCUUGAUCAACACUUAGCGAUGACCCAGCUAGCCUCUGAUGCCUUCAAUCCACUUCCGUCGGAACACUCGGCUAUGCGCGUUUCGGAGUUAGGAGUUGCCAGGACUGGUGUUAUUGGCAAUUUAGCGAUGGAUAAACAUGUUCUAGAAGAGAAUGAGCUAAAGACAAAACGAAGGUCUGGCGCCGCUGCUUUAGCUAGCUCUUCAAUAGCUUUCACAAGCAAUGCAUUUAAAGCGCUCGCAUCUUCUCAGUAUGCCCACAAAGAUACAUUUAAGCAAUCUGAGAAUAAAUUAGGUUGUACUCAAACACUAGGCAAAACUGAGGCAGACACAACCGAGUAUGCUUUAUCAUUGGCCUCCACUACUAAGUUGGGACGGACAACAGUCAAUGAUGACACUAUGACCCAUCUGCUGGAAUCGACUCCAAGCGUGGGGGUCAUGCAUGCUCGCGCCAAGAGCCAAUUUAUGAAAGUACGACCGCUCAGCUCCACCCAGCAGGAGUCUUUUAUGAGAACAGCUGUGGAGGCAAAAGAAGCAUACCCAAGCAGACUCGAGCAAGUCACGCUAGAGUCACUGAUAACAAAGCAAGCAAAUGACAGGUUAUCUGACCAACAUCAGCAGCGUAAAAGAGAGAUUGCAGCCUCUGAGAACAUGCUCCGUGCACCGGGGUUGAAGACUACAAUUGGGAUCAUUGAUGACGACGCCUUGGUGGUGCAGCGUGAUACUAUUGCAAAAACAGCCGAGCCCCUGGACAUAUUGAUAAGAAAUGCUGACACAACUGAAGAGUUUGACAGAAUUAUGAGCCUAGAUGGGCAGUUUCGAGCAAGUAAGAUCAGUCCAGAAUACAAUACAGCAUAUAGCAUGAAAAUGUUUGGAAAAUCUAAUGUAUCUGGUGGAGCCUCGGCCAAACCAGUCGGAACCCCUGAAGAAGCUACAAGCGGAACAACUGUUGCCGACUCCGUGGCUGCACGCUCGAUACAUCCCACCGCUCAAGAUGCUGACGAAGAUGCGUACGUUCGUCUUGUCAAGGCAUCAAUCAGUCAAAAUCCACUCAAGUUGGAAACAAAUGCAAUCUCGUACGAAAAAAUGGCCAAUCCGGAAUUUGCUGACAAAGAUUUAAUUCCCAACACGUCCAUAGCCACUAAGAUCACACCAACCUUUAUUGAUGUCAUUCAGGAGGAGUACAGACUCCAGAAGAAUGCAACAGACAAGCUAUUUAUUGAGGCAGCACGAAACAUGGACAGAAAAGUCCGAGAGAGCGUUACACGGCCAUCUUCACAAAUCUUUGUCCGGAAUACUCCACAAGCCAGGUUCUCGGCCAAUAGUGAUACAGACCCAUCAGCGAAGAUUAACCGGCACUCUGUGUUGCUUGAUAUAGCCAUGCAAGGAGAUCGAUUGGCAGGUGAUGGGGAUCUGGUUCAGGAUCACUUCACCGGAAAAAUACCUGCCAGUACCAUAGCAGAAGCUCAACACUUAACAAAUAAGAUCGGUAAUCCUAAGAAAUCUAGAACAUCUAACACAUUAAGUCCAUCCCGGAAACCCACCAGACCUGCAUCAGCCACACAGAUUAGAAAAGCAUCUGGAAGCGUGUUGUCAUAUACGUCAAGAGAGAUAAUGCAGUCAGUGGACACACAGCUCUACAGACAGCAAUUGAGCAUGGAGAAGAGUCGCUAUCGGUCGUCCAGCAAUCGCACAAUAACUAAGUCAGAUGCAGACGAAAAGCGAGAGCAAAAGAAUACCAUGAAGCUUUUGUAUCAGAAUAAUGAAGACUUGAUGCGGCAAGAGAGACAGGUGCAGCACCAAGAGCAUCUCAAUCGCAUAGCACUUAUAAAGAAUACACCAUCCAAGUCUUACAUGACUGAUGAGAAGAACGCCGGAAUAGCCGUCUAUAGGAAUGCAGCCAGGAGAGCACGUACAAUAUCUAAGAGGAAUCGCAACAUGUCCAAGACAUCAAACACAGCAGAAGAGAUCAGGCGGGCUGUCUGCAACGACAAGCUGCGCUACCAAGGCCUGUCGUCUGCCGAGCUCGCAAAGGGCCUUGUCAUCUCCACUGGUGAGCUGGUAAAACCACUCAACGUGCCUUGCCUAGAGGAAGUGGUAGAACACGCAGGAAAGAUAAAGGUGGCUCCUUUAGAGCUCAUAGGCUUGAGUACAGAUGUGAUCAGGAAUAUAGAACCUGAUUUGAAAAGCCUAUCUGCUGCAGGAGAGCAGUUUCUAAGCGAUGAAUUGGCAUGGGAGGAGCAGAUGCGCGACCCGGACUACAAGUUCCAGAGGACAACGAGCCGAAUGGCAAUGUGCAGUCACGUCAAUAAUAGCAAGCUAGAUGCUAGUAGGAUUCAGAAUUUACAGGUCCUUACCUUUAGCAGCCUACCCAUUAACGAAGCUGGGCAGCAUAUGAACGGUAUUCUGCAAGAGAUGACAUUUAGGGCGGACGCAGGCCUAACGCUUAAGGGCUUUACCCCAGGAGAACAAAGCCCCGUGCAUGCAAAGGCUAGCGAAGCGCGCUGCAUUGCACAGCAGCUUCUGCAGAAGGCCAGUGGGAAGGCCUUGAGAGCUAACUCUAAGACAAGGUCACUUUAG